CUGCGAACCUGAGCUUAAUGGCAGUCCGCCGAGUGGCGACAACAUCCAGAGUCGCCACAAGAGCACAAGUUUCGUCAAAACCUCCCUCGGAGACUACUUUGAAGGUUGCUAGUCUUAAUGGCAUUUGAGUGACAGCAUAGGAUCAAUUCAAAGCUACAUUAUCUCCAAUAAGAAGAAUCUUCAUUUCUCAUUGGACAGAGCACAGGUGACACUUCAGGCAACCCUGAUCAUGCCAGACUUAGUGGAACAGAUGUAUUCCUCUCAGCAAAUUUAUAUACCACCCACAUUCCCAUUCAUAUUGAAGCAGUAUGCAAAAGCAGCAAUCCGUACACAGCCAUAUGAUCUGUUACGCUGGUCAUCUGCUUAUUUCCGAGCAAUGGCUCAGGGAGAAGAACCUCCUGUUAAAAAAAGGUUGGAAUAUCCACUUGUUGUUACACCAUCUGGAUUGUCUCCAGGAUAUCUGAAAGUAUUACUUAAGCAGAUUGGAACCAUAGAUUCAGUAUCAACUGAAGUCCUUCGUGACAAAUGGCAAAGCAUUUGUCUUGAUGAGAAUGCUCUAAAUGAAAUGCUCAAAGUAGGUGGCUUUACAGAAAAUGUGGACUGGUUAAAGUUCAUAGCAAUUGCAGCUGGUCACCUUACAAAUUCGCUGACUCAAACUAUGUACCUGAUCUGCGAACUGCUCACUGAGGAACCUGAAGGUGGGAGCGACGCAAUACCAUUUGAGACCUUCAAACAACUGUAUGUGUUCCUUGCAGAGAUGAAUUGUGGCACAAGUGAGAAAGAAAAGGCUGCAAUGGGAAAACAUGUUGCAAGUGACGGAAACACUGGGUCAGGUGAAGAGGAACCUGCUACACCUAAAUUGUGUAGUGAAAUUAAUAUUCCAGGAAUUGGCCCAACAAUAAAAUCAUUUAUUCUAAAGAACACACCAUACAGUGAACAAAGUUUCACUGCAUCCAACGAUUAUCAGUACAUCAUGGAGAAACAUUCUGAUAAAUGA